AUGUUCCCAUACCAUAAAGGUAUAGAAACAUUACACUAUCCUAUAUACCUAGAUGAAGAAGAAUAUAGAGUUGAAUUCGACAGACUAUUAAGUAAAACACGACAAAUUAUGGAAUGGAAAAUGGAAAAAGGAGAUAAAACACAUCACUUCAAGGAAGGGAUGAUAGUUUAUAAAAGAAUAAUGGAAACAGUAGGAAAUGGAAAAAAACUGGUAGAAAGAUUUAAAAGGCCAUUCAUUAUCAAGAAAAUAGAUGACAAUACAGGAGACUGUGAACUAACAUACAUCACCUCGUCAGGAAGGGAGGCAAAAACACAAAAUAAAAUAUUAGCACAUAUCCGACAACUAAAAAGAAUUAUUACCAGAAAAGAAGAAUGA